AUGGCUUUUCAUUUCUAUAAACCCCUGAACCUACUACCACUUCUUGUUUUCAUCAUCCUUAACCAUCUCUACGUCGGAUACUCGUAUCCAGGCAAUCCGUUAAGCCCCGAUCACGACGUCCAAAUACGAAAACUCCAACAACUCAAGUCGUCGAUCUCUCAAUCAAAACCCGUGUCGGGUUCGCGUGUGUAUGGAGUGAGCUCGUACGGGGCAGACCCGACCGGAAAAACGGAUAGCACGGACGCAAUCCUUAGAGCGAUAUCGGAUGCGGUGACGGAAGAACGUGAUGGGUUGUUGAUGGAGGGGAUCACCAACCACGGCGGCGUACAAAUAAAUCUUGAAGGAGGGAUUUACAAGAUUAGCCGGCCAAUGAAAUUUCCGGUGGCCGGAGUUGGAAACAUCGUGAUAUCCGGUGGGACAUUGAGAGCAUCUGAUAAUUUCUCAACCGAUAGUUAUUUGAUAGAUCUAUCAACGUCGUCGUCUUCUUCAAAUAAGAAAUACAACUACGAAUACAUAACGCUUCGAGACAUAAUGUUGGAUUGCGAUUAUCGCGGAGGAGGAAUUCGAGCGAUCGACGCUUUGAGAACAAGCAUCGACAAUUGUUACAUUACCCAUUUUGCGACAAACGGUAUCUUGGUCCAAGGCGGUCACGAGACCUACAUUCGUAAUUCCUUCCUAGGGCAACAUAUCACUGCCGGCGCUGACUCCCAUGAACGGAAUUUCAGUGGUACUGCCAUCAAUUUGGCCGGAAACGACAAUGCCGUCACGGACGUCGUCAUUUUCUCGGCUGCUAUUGGAAUCACGAUCUCCGGGCAAGCCAAUGUUAUUAGUGGCGUACAUUGCUACAAUAAGGCCACUGGUUUUGGCGGUACCGGAAUAUAUCUAAAGUUACCCGGCCUUACACAAACUAGAAUCGUUAAUUCUUACUUUGAUUACACUGGGAUUGUGACGGAAGAUCCGGUGCAACUUCACGUUUCCGGAUGCUUUUUCCUUGGGGAUGCGUUUAUUCUCUUGAAAUCGAUUCAUGGCACUAUAAACGGGAUAAACAUUGUAGAUAACAUGUUUUCAGGAUCAAACAAAGGGAUUGAUAUCGUUCAACUGGAUGAAAGAAACAGAGCAUUCAACACUAUCGAUCAAAUUAUCGUCGAUAAUAACAACGUAAAUGGGAUGAAUUUGAAGGCGACAGUCGCUAAAGGCGUCGUUCACGGUAAUGGUACCUCAUGGACCAUAGAUUUUAACCGAAUACUCCUCUUUCCACGACAUAUAAAAUUUGUGCAAUACACACUGACGACGAGUGAAAGUAACGUCUUCCCAAAAUAUAUUCUGCGUAACAUCUCGAACAACAAGAUAUUUAUUGAAUCAGAUAUAGCAGUUAACGGAAGUGUUCACGUAUCAGUUGAUCAAGGUUUAUCAAGAUGAGGAUAGAUUGUAUUUUCCCAAUCUCACGUUUAAUGUUCAAAAGUGUACAUUGAUUCAUUCAACAUUAUACA